AUGCUGGUCGCCUCGGCCCCGGGUAUCGGAGGCCUGCAGGUCAUCGCUUGGCAACACAGCCCGAGUGCCAGCGGAUCACAGACAGAUCAGAUCAGGUUUGGCCUCUUUUACGGUCAGAUUUGCUGCGGAUGA